GGAGAGCUGAGCCCCCCACACACGGAGAGACGGCUCUGACUGGGGGCACAUACUAUCGCAGUCGGGGGCAGAUUCCCCAUUCCGACAUGGAGCGUCUCCUGCUGCUUCUGUUCCUCUCCCUCCCGGCGCCAACCCGAUCCGACUUCCUGGUACCGGGAAUCCAGAACAUUCAGAAAAGAAGCCUCCAUGAUCCCUCGGAUGACAUAGAGAUUUACAGUGUCAAUAUCCAGAGUCAAAUCACUUCUCGCUUCGCCCACAAUGUCAUCACCAGCCGAGCCGUGAAUCGCGCCGACCAAUCCCGAGAGGUCUCCUUUGAUGUGGAUCUGCCCAAAACUGCCUUUAUCACCAACUUCACCAUGGUCAUCGAUGGAGUCACUUACCCCGGGGUGAUUAAGGAGAAGGAAGCGGCCAAGAAACAGUAUGAGAAAGCCGUGUCCCGGGGGCAGUCAGCUGGGCUUGUCAGGGCCUCGGGCAGGAAGACGGAGAAGUUCACGGUGUCGGUGAAUGUGGCCCCACAGAGCAAAAUCACCUUUGAGCUGAUCUACGAGGAGCUGCUGAAGCGCAAUCUGGGCAAAUACGAGAUGUUCAUCAAAGUGCGCCCCAAAAAGCUUGUCCAAAGCUUCCAGAUUGAUGUGGAUAUUAAUGAGCCCCAAGGAAUCAGUUUUCUGGAUGCCCAGGGAACCUUCAUGACCAAUGAUUUGUUGCCCCUCGUCCACAAGUCUUUCUCUGGAGAAAAGGGACACGUCUCCUUCAAACCCACCAUUGACCAACAGCGUUCCUGUUCCAACUGCAGCACGACUCAGCUGGACGGGGAUUUCACCGUCACCUAUGAUGUCAACAGGGAGACCCCCGGAAAUAUCCAGGUCGUCAAUGGAUACUUUGUGCAUUUUUUUGCCCCCUCCAAACUGAAAGAGGUCCCCAAAAACAUCAUUUUUAUAAUAGACAGAAGCAUUUCCAUGAUUGGCCUCAAAAUGCAGCAGACUAAAGAGGCUCUGCUGAAGAUCCUGGAUGACGUCAAGGAACACGACCACUUCAACUUUGUCAUAUUCGACUGGGGGGUAGAAAUCUGGGAACAGUCACUAGUGAAAGCCACUCCGGAAAAUCUCAACAGAGCAAAGGAAUAUGUCAGGAACCUUUAUCCUAAAGGCUGGACGAACAUUAACGAUGCUCUGUUGAGCGCUAUCUCAUUACUGGACCAAGCCCAUGAUGCCAGGAGCGUCCCUAAGCGCAGUGCUUCCCUCAUUAUCUUCAUGACGGAUGGGCAGCCCAGUACUGGGGAAAGAAACCUGGACAAGAUCCAAGAAAAUGCCAGGAAUGCCAUCCGAGGCAAAUACUCCCUGUACUCUCUGGGCUUCGGGGUGGGAGUGGAUUACCCUUUCCUGGAGAAGUUGUCCUUGGAGAAUUCGGGGGUCGCUCGGCGCAUUUAUGAGGAAUCAGACGCAGCGCUACAAAUGGAGGGAUUUUAUGACGAGGUGGCCAACCCCACCCUGAUGGACAUCGAGCUCCAGUACCCCGAGAACGCCAUUUCCGAUGUGACGCAGAACAAGUUCAAACAUUACUUUGAUGGAAGUGAAAUCGUAGUGGCUGGACGCAUCACCGACAAUGAUCUGAACUGGCUGACGGCUGAUGUGACUGCUGAAGGGGAGGAGGACACGCUGAACUACACCCACAGCGCAAAAGUGCAGGAAGAAUCCGAAGCCGUGGAACAGCAGCAAUAUAUCUUUGGCGACUUUACCGAGAGACUCUGGGCCUAUCUCACUAUUCAGCAACUGCUAGAGAAACGCAUUUCUGCGCCAGCCAAUGAGAAGGGGAACCUAACUGCCCGGGCCCUGGCGCUGUCGCUGAAGUAUCAGUUUGUGACCCCCCUGACAUCGAUGGUGGUCACUAAACCCGAGGAGAAGACCGGGGAGGAGGAGGCCAUGAUUGCUGAUAAGUUUGUGGAAGGACAAGAAUCCCAGGCCCAGAGCUCGUAUUCAGCCCCCCGGGUCGGGAGCAGCUACUCAGCCCCGCGCUACUCCCCACCUCCCACAUCAUUUGUGGAUUCGGACCCCCAUUUUAUCAUCCGAGUUCCUGAGAAGGAAGAUGCCCUUUGCUUUAAUAUCCAAGAGACUCCUGGGGCGGUUCUGAACCUCAUAUCGGACCCAGAAUUAGGAAUCGCAGUAAAUGGGGAGCUGAUUGGGAAGAAGGAACCCGGGAACGUGGCGCCCACGGAGACGUAUUUUGGGAAAAUCGGAAUUGUCAUCACUAAACUGGAUGUGAGGCUCGAGGUGACGGCCCAGGGGGUCACGGUACUGAGUGGGGCAAGGAACGUGGCACUGACCUGGCAGGAAGAUGUCACCCUCACUGAGGAGGGCUUUAAUCUGCAAGUGAACAAGAUGGAGAAUGCGCUGCUGUCCAUGGGGGACGGGGCCACAUUCAUCAUUGUGCUCCAUCAGUUCCGCAAGGGGGACCCCCUGCACCGAGACUUCUUGGGGUUCUACACGCUGGACAGCCAUAGGUUCUCUGAGCGAGUGCACGGCCUGCUGGGACAAUUUUUCCACGGAGUCGACUAUGAGAUUUCCAACAUUCACAAAACUGCGGAUCCAGAAAAACCCGACGCCUCAAUGAGGGUGAAAGAUUCGCUGCUGACAGUCACACGGGGGUGGCAGAAGGAUUACAGUAAGGACCUGCAGAGCGGCAGCAGAGUGCAGUGCUGGUUCGUCCAUAACAACGGGCAGGGGCUGAUCGACGGAACCCACACGGAUUAUAUUGUCCCCGAUUUAUUCAGUGGGGUCUCUACAGAGUAACAACUGCCCCCUAUUAUAGGAAUGUUCCAUAUCCGGGGGGUGUAGCUUCAGUGCAACCCUCCUGCCCCACAUAAUAAAGAAUGAUCCGCCUCAGUACCCCCCCUAUAUUAUUCCUAUUGUCCUGUUGGGCAGAACCCCAAUAUUGCCCCACAUAAUAAAGAAUGAUCCGCCUCAGUACCCCCCCUAUAUUAUUCCUAUUGUCCUGUUGGGCAGAACCCCAAUAUUGCCCCACAUAAUAAAGAAUGAUCCGCCUCAGUACCCCCCGAUAUUAUUCCUUUUGUCCUGUUGGGCAGAACCCCAAUAUUGCCCCACAUAAUAAAGUAUGAUCCGCCUCAGUACCCCCCGAUAUUAUUCCUAUUUUCCUGUUGGGCAGAACCCCAAUAUUGCCCCACAUAAUAAAGAAUGAUCCGCCUCAGUACCCCCCCUAUAUUAUUCCUAUUGUCCAUUGGGCAGAACCCCAAUAUUGCCCCACAUGUAACUCAAUGCUAUAAAUAAACUCUGUAUAUAAACUCUG